AGACUGACGCUCAAUUUAAACCACUCGCUCCCACACGUCAGUGAGUACUACUCUCUUCAUUGUGAUCAUGUUAGUAGUUUUAGUGUUGAGCUGUUGUGUCAAAUUGCAUUUUUAAAAGUAUUAUUAUUUAUGAAAUAUAAUAACAUACUUGGGUAAACCUUUUGUCUGCAACCGAGAAAGAUGGCGACAGUUAAAGGAAACAUGACAGCAGAGAGCUUCCCUGAGUGGUUAACUGCCGAUUUCUUUAAAUCCUGCCUCGAGUCCGACAAAGAGAACUUUGGUGGGAUUACUGUGACAAGUCACGAGCUCGAGUGUGCCGUCGCUCCUGGGAACAACUAUGGGAGUAAUAUAAUCAGGGCAAAUAUCCGGUAUAAGAAACCCAACGAGCAGACUGCUGAACAUACAAUAUCCUUAAUCUUAAAAGCACCUCUGUCUGGAGAUUUGGUUGUAGUGCAACAGAUGGGAGAUGUCUUGCACCAACUGUACCGCAAUGAGAUGAAGUACUAUUGUGAGUUUAUCUCUGAAACUUACAAGCUUCUUAAACAUGACGUAGUCCCUAAACAUUACAAAUCUCCAAAUUCAUUAUGCGUGGUAAUGGAAGAUCUUAGUGUAUCGGGGUUUAAAAUGGUUGAUCGUAGCAAACUGCUUGAUUUCGACCACUGCAAACUUUUCACAGAGGCUUCAGCUAAGCUUCACGCUCUUGGAAUUGCUGUGCACAGAAUUAAUCCUGAAUUGAUUGAAAGUUUUGGUACGGAGAGUGUAGUAGUAAAUGAAAAAUUAAAAAUGUCUAUGCCUAAUUCUCUUGUUUGUAUGGCUGCUUAUUUGGAAGAUAAACCGGACUACAAAAAACAGUAUCAAGUCAUCAGAGAAGCCAGUGAGAAUGAUGUAUUUUGGACUAUUUAUAAGAAUAUGUUGGACGAUUGCAAAUCGAAAGCUCUUAGAACUAUAACACAGGAUGAUCCUUGGUGCACGAACAUGAUGUUUAGAUAUGACGACUCGGGAAGAGCUGCGGGAAUAAAAAUCCUGGAUUUCCAGUGCAUCAAACUGAACUAUCCACUACUCGAGUUUGUUAUGUUCUUAGUAUCAGCAGCCAACAUGGAAGUACGUGAACAUAGGUUAAACGACCUGUACAAAAUCUACUGUGACUCACUGAAUGGCAAUCUCGCAGAACUAGGAUGUCCUGAAAAGUUGUCUAUAGAAGAGUUGGAAACAGAAAUCGCUCAUCUCAGUCCAAUAACGCUCCUUUGGGUUUGCGGUUUACCAAUAACUUUAACUGACUCUGCUGCGGAGAUGGAAGAAUAUAUAAGUGUUAGAUUCUCAUUUGAAUCAGUCAAGGAUAGCCGCUUCUACAAAACUACUUACACUGGCCUUUAUUUUGACAUGUAUUAUCCAAAUAUUCUUGAUGUGUACGACAAGCUAGGUGUUUACGAUUAUAUAUCGGAAAACGUUAGGGAGAUAAAAUCUAAAGUGUAACAUACUUUUCUAGGUUACUUUGCUUUAUUUGUAUUUUAAAUAUCUAUUGGCCUCUCGUAAAUUGUAAUGUACUUCUACAAAUCUAUACACACCACACACAUAUCUAUACGUGUUCUUCUAUUGUGUGCUAUUUCUUUUAAUUUACAGAAAUAUAGUUUUAGCAAAUUCCUUAUAGUUUUUGUUAAAUAUUAUUAAGUAAAUAGAUAAAAAUAAAAGCAAUUUUUAUACUCCUGUUUUAAAAACUAUUCAUAUUAAUGUUCCCUGUGUAGGAGAAUUAUUGUUAUAUCCCAGUAAACUAAUUGAUUUAUGCAGUGAAAAUAUUCAAAUGUUGAGCUGAGCGUACUUAGACCUGACCAUAACAAGUCAACUGAUUGAAUUUUUACGAGAUUGAAAAAGCAGGUAUUUCGAAAUUAAACAUAUGAAUAAAUUAUUUAAAAAAACAUGUCAUAAUACACUCUUUUAUCACACUUUUACUUUACAUAAUAAGUGAUUGGUUAUUAAUUUGUUUAUGAUUCAAAAUUGAGUACAAUAGUUCUGAUUUGGAAUGGGUCCCAAGUAUAGAUAAAGCAAGUUAAACCUUUCAACCUUCUAGCAGACAAUUAUUUUUGCUUUUUAUGAUAUGGUUAGAAAUAUCAUAAAACUUAUCUGCAUGACAUAUUUAUACAUUUAAUUUUGAAUUCGUGUGAAAACGUGCUUAAAGCCAAGGACACAAUAGAGUUCCUAAACUAGGACUUAAUCUCUAACAUAUCUAUAAUUUUAAUGUUAAGACAAAGCCAUUUUUUGUAUGUAAAUCCAAACGCCAAUAUAGAUUUGCUUGUACCAUUAAAAACAACAAACAUUUGUCUCCAGAGCUCCGCACUAGUUAUCUACUUAAAACACGUGGGUUAACUUAUAAAUGUAUUAAUCUUUUCAUAUUUAAGUUUUUUUAAAUUUAAUUAUGACCAUAUUUGGUAGGAAAAGGCAUUAAAUGCUUUUAAGGUUACGAUAGUAGGCAAUAGUGUUUCUAAAUUGGUCUGAUGUUCUCUUUAUAAGUAAGUUGAAAAGUAACCUUAUUAAAUCAUAUGUUUUGUUACUAUUUACUAUACUGCUAAAGUACGCUACACCUUGUGUUGCGUAACAGAGAUCACUGAGGUUGCAUGUAACAUUAACAGUCCAAAGUUUAUUUUAUUUGGUUAAGAUUGUACUUAGUUUGAUUUAAAAUUUAUUUAUCUUACAAGUUUCUCAUUUCCAUUAUAAUUACUUAUAAGAAUAGUGUAAAAUAUUUGCUGAUGUUCAACCAAAACACAUGGGUCACUAUGCAGCCAUAUGUAGAAUGAAUCUUCCGCCAAAACUUCAAGACAAUGGAUUAAUUCGUUCUCAAGAUAUCUGCACACAGAUAGAAAUGAACUUAUGCUGGUCUCUGGAGUAAGCAUACUACUACUUAAUUUAA